AUGGGUAGAAAGAACAACACAAAUGUGUCUGAAUUCAUCCUCAUGGGACUGAUGGAGUCUGAAGAGAUCCGGCUGGUCCUCUUUAGUCUAUUUCUCCUGAUUUAUCUGAUCACUGUGCUGGGGAAUGCAGGGAUGAUACUUGUAAUCCACCUGGACCGCCACCUUCACACUCCCAUGUAUUUUUUCCUCAGUCAUCUGUCAUUCCUUGAUCUUAGUUAUUCAACAGCAAUUACCCCUAAAACCUUAGAGAACUUACAGACUUCCAGCACAUAUAUUUCAUUUGCAGGUUGUUUCACACAGCUGUAUUUUUUCAUCUUCUUGGCUGUCACGGAAUGUUUCCUUCUCUCUUCAAUGGCCUAUGAUCGCUACAUAGCUAUCAGUAAUCCUCUACAAUACUCAGUUUUUAUGUCCAUGACACUCUGCCACUCCCUCGUCACUACAUCCUAUGUGAUGGCAUUCUGUGAAUCCUUUUCCAUUGUGAUUUCCAUGAACGAGUUGCAUUUCUGUGACUCCAAUGUGAUCAAUCAUUUUUUCUGUGACACAACCCCUGUUUUAGUCCUGUCCUGCACUGACACACAUAAUAUUGAGAUCACGAUAUUCAUUCUUUCAGGCUCCACCUUAAUGGUGUCUCUUAUCAUAAUCUCUGUGUCCUAUGUGUCCAUUGUCUCUACAAUCCUGAAAAUCAAAUCCACAUCAGGAAAGAGAAAAGCCUUCUCUACCUGUGCCUCCCACCUCCUGGGGGUCUCCAUCUUCUAUGGCAUCAUCAUUUUCACUUAUUUAAAACCAAGAAAGUCCUACUCUUUGGGAAAAGACCAAGUGGCCUCUAUUUUUUACACUAUUGUGAUUCCCAUGCUGAACCCACUCAUUUAUAGUCUUAGGAACAAAGAAGUGAACAAUGCUCUCAUCAGAGUGAUGCAGAAGAUGGUUUGCACCAGGCAUGUAAAGUGA